AUGUAAAAGUAUGAAUUAAGUUAAUGCAUUAAUUCGAUUCUAAAAAUCAAUUAAUAUACCAAUAUCCCCAGAAAUGAAGGAUGUAAUUAAAUAAAAAAAAGUAAACUUAAAGAAAUUGCCGAAAAGAGGCCACAUCGAUCUUGGGAAUUGAAAUAUAUCCAAAUGGUAAUUUUUAUUCAUAAAUGAUAGUUUCUUGAUAAACUCUUCAUUUGUAAAAGGGGAUUUUGGCUUUUAGAUUAUUUAUAUUAUAUGAAUUAGCAGCAAGAAUUUCUGAACUUUCACAAAUAAGUUUUUCAAUGGUGAUAAAUGGUUUGAUAAAUUAUGUACCAAAGAAAUAGUAAA